CGUUCAGGUCCACUUCUUCCCUCCUCUAAGUCAUGCGAGCGGCUGUCUCCCUCUCGUUUCUCUGUGGAAUCAGUCUGUUCCUAACUGCUGUUGUCAAUGUAAAUGCUUCCCCUCUCUCUCGGCGAGCAAUACCAGAGCCCAUCGCAGCUUCAACAGCUCGAACAUAUCUCUCAGAGCUGACUGUCGCUGACGAGGUGAAUGAGCCAGCAUAUUCACGAGAUGAGUUUAAGACUUGGGAUACUAUCAACGGGACGUGUAACACACGUGAAACUGUUCUGAAACGUGACGGAUCCAACGUCGUAGUUAAUAGCGCGUGUACAGCAGUCUCAGGCAGCUGGACAUCACCAUAUGACGGCAAGACAACCUCAAACGCAAGCACGUUCGACAUCGACCACAUUGUCCCACUCAAAGAAGCGUGGAUCUCAGGUGCCCGUUCCUGGACUGCCGCACAACGCGAGUCAUUCGCAAAUGACCUUACGCGUCCUCAGCUCCUCGCCGUUGACGCGAGUAUCAACCGAUCAAAGGGGGACAGAGACCCGAAGGAGUUUGUCCCACCCCUGGAGAGCUACGUGUGCACGUACAUACGCGCGUACGUCCAAGUGAAGCAUUUCUAUGCGAUGACGGUCGAUUCGGGGGAGAAGACUGCGAUUGAGGGGUAUCUUAGUGGUUGUUAAAGUUCAGCGUCUCUUUGAGAGGAGGAGAGCAAGGUCUGUGUGUGUGGGAGGUAAGUGGACUUGGAUUUCUGGGUUCAGUGAAAUGGUGUCUCUAUUUACUAUAAUACAAAUGCGAAUGCGAAUACGAAAGUACAUGAUAGAAGAAG